AGGCUGCGCGCGCACGCCCCAUCCUCCGCGGCGGGGGCGCGCAGCGGAUCUGACUCUCGCCGGAGAGGACGCAGCGCCGCAGCCGAGCGCCGGGAAGAUGAAGCCCGUUAUCCUGCGAGAAGGUCCCGUGAAAGAGCCCGCGCCGGCCGCAGAAGAGAGUUCCUGUUAGCUUCAAGCUCUUGUGCUGGAUUGUAAAGUUCGACUGAGACUGAAAGGGAAGUUUGUUGUCAGGUGCAGAAAAUGGCAGCGAGGCUUGUGCAGCUCGCCGCUCUGUGGACGACCGUGGUGAGCCUGGCGCAGGGGUGUCCGGAGCUCUGCAGCUGCCAGGACAAAUUCUCCCACCAGUUUGCGGACUGUGCUUACAAAGACCUGCUGGUGGUCCCCGUGGGUCUGCCCUCCAACGUGACCACCGUCAGCCUCUCGGCCAACAAGAUCAAGCUGCUGAGGAGCAAGAGCUUUGUCAACGUGCUGCAGGUCAGCUCACUGUGGCUGGCGCACAACGAGAUCGCCACCGUGGAGCGGGGCACCCUGGCCCCCCUGGUGCAGCUGAAGAACCUGGACAUCAGCCACAACAAGAUCGUCCACUUCCCCUGGGAGGACCUGCGCAACCUCACGGCGCUGCAGCUCCUGAAGAUGAACAACAACGAGAUGGUGAACCUGCCGAAGGACGCCUUCGCCUCCCUGGGGGACCUCAGGUCGCUGCGGAUCAACAACAACAAGUUCACCACCAUCGUCCAGGGCACUUUCCAGGCCCUCACCGCCAUGUCCCACCUGCAGAUCUCCAACAACCCCUUCAGCUGCUCCUGCAGCCUGGAGUGGCUCCGGGACUGGAUCACGUCCACCAAGAUCGCGGUGGCGGACACUAACCUGAUAGCGUGCAGCGCUCCCGAGCACCUGAGCGGCACUAUGGUCACCAAAAUCCCCAUCCUGGAGUGUCAGGCGCCGGCGGUCACCAUAACCUACGAGCCCGACCUCAGAGAGGCCGAGAUCCUCGAGGGAACCAAGGUCGUCUUAAACUGCGAGGCGGUCGGGAGCCCCAAGCCGCAGCUCCGGUGGGAGGUGGUCGCCGGGAAUCAGAACUUUCUGUUCCCGCUGCCCUCCACCGGCGAGAAGAGCGAGGCGCCGAUCAACGACAAAACCACCAACAGUCGCUUCCUGGUCUUUCAAAAUGGCAGCCUCAUCAUCCCUCGCGUCAGCAAGAAGGAGGACGGAAACUACAGCUGCUCCGCCGUCAACGAUGUGGGGAAAGCCGAGAGCCUGGUCAGGGUGUCGCUGUCCGCGGCCAAGAAACCAGGCGGCUCUUCAGCGGAGUCCACCGUGGAUCGGAUCCGCCCCUCUCUGGGCAAGACCGCAGUGGAGGAGAAGAGCUCCAAAAACAACGUGAUCAACUGGGACAAGUCUGAGGAGAAGACCAAGAUCAGCCCCGCGGGUUCGCCCGGCAAACACGGCGGCGCCGAGGACGCGGGCCCCAAAGACAAGACCUUGGGGAGCAGGUGCGGCGCGAGGCAGAGCAGCGAGUACAUCUCCAACCACGCCUUCAACAUGACCCUGGACGACCUGAAGCAGUACACCUUCGAUUUCGGCGUCAUCGCUCUGGAGGUGUCGGAGACGGAAGCCAAGGUCAAGCUCAACCCGCUGCAGCUUUCCAGCAAGUCCAACCUUCACCUCAGCGCCAGCCAGGAUUCCCAGACGGUCAACAAGGAGCCGCUGGGUCUGUACCAGUCUGCGUCCGGUCAGGCGGCGCUGGACAUGCUCUACCUCUGCGUGGACACCGGCAACGGCCACUCGCUGGUCCAGUGGUCCAACAUAGAGGAGGGGGUCAACUCGUACCGCUUCCACGGGCUUCAGCCCGGCACCAACUACACGCUGUGUCUCACCUACGGCGGGCAGGACUGUCAGGUCCAAGUGGUCUUCACCACCAGGAAGAAGAUCCCCUCCCUCCUCAUCAUCGUCAUUGUCAGCAUCUUCCUCCUGGGCCUGGCCACCGUCCCCCUGCUGGGCGCCACCUGCUGCCACCUGCUCUACAAGUACCAGGGCAAGACCUACAACCUGAUGAUGAAGGCGCAGAACCCGGACCAGAUGGAGAAGCAAAUGGCCGGAGACUUCGAGCGCAGGACGUCUUUCGUGGAGUCGGAGAAGACCUUCAACCCCAGCGAGUCCGGGGAGGCGGAGGGCGAGGAGCGGGACGGCGAGGCGGAGGGCAGCGUGGUGACCGAGUCCAUCCCGGGCUCCUCGUCCAAGACCAACCAGGAGGAGUUCGAGGUGGGUUCGGAGUACAGCGACAGACUGCCGCUGGGGGCGGAAGCCGUCAACAUCUCAGAGGAGAUCAACGGCAACUACAAGCCUCCGAGCCGCUGAGUCUCCCGCCGCUCCUCUCUCUUUUAUUUCCAGUAGCCUUCAUCCAGCAGGUGACUCAUCUACCAUCACCUCACCUUAAACACCUCCGCCGAGAUCAGGUCAAUUCUGCGGUCUGUCGUCACAGUUGAAAAAGAAGCACACAAUGAUGCGCCAAAAACGGCAGAGCACAAACAUACCAGCAGCUUGUGCCAUACACCUUCAAAAUAAAAGCCUUCAGGGAGCAGUUGAAACACCUACUGCCCUUUUUUAAACAACCUCAAAUCAAAGCGGUGAUGUAGGUGAGGCCUCUCACGCCUGACUGGACUUCUAUACAAUAUUAACCAUCUGUGUUUGUAUCAGCCAAAUAUUCCGUUUCGCCAAGAUAUUGACAGGACAGCCAGUUUCUCUCCUGCAACAGAUUCUAGUCGGAGAAAUGUGGUUCUAUGUGAAGCGUGACUAUAAAGCUCCUGCAGUUUUUUAAGACGUGGCAUGUGACAUUUGCUUGUGUUAGUGUAGAAGACCGUAGAUGUGGUGUCGAUGUGUGCAGCCUUGUUUUCUACGACGCUCAGUGUCUUCACUGUCAACAAGUGAGUUUUGUGAAAUUUGUUGAAAACAAACGGAAAAAGCUCAUUUCAGAACUUUUGAUAUGAUUUUAUGUAAGUGGUAAUAAAAUAAUAAUAACUACAGCCUCGCCGUG